ACGCCAUUUUGCGUAGUUCUACAAGCAGCGAUGCCGGCAUAUCACUAAAAGUACACAGUUCUUAAAAGAUAUAAAUAAUUUAAUUUGAAGAAAAUGUAUGUUACAGAUUUUUAUUUAUAUAUAUAUAUUUGACUCUCCUCGCUUAUUGACGCGAUAAAUAACCCCACGCGAAAUAUAGAUGAUUUACGGAAUGUCGCCCUAAUUUUUCCAUACCUAAGCGUUGAUAAUACUUCUUAUUCGACUUUUUUAUCAUGAUCUUUUGACUUUUAUUAACAUGGAAGGACGAAUUCUGUUAUCAAAAAGUAUUCUAUCAUCACAAACAUUCUCAUUACACAGGAAAAAUGGCGACUUGUUCACCUCGAGCAGACUGGCAGGUAGACAAACCACUGAUAGAAUGUUUUGACCACUUACUGACUUCCGGUAUAGCCAGUGACGUCACAUUUAUAGUCGGUGAGGAAACGAACAGGGUAUCCGCCCACAAACUGGUCCUUAUGAGCAGAAGUCCGGUAUUCUUCGCCAUGCUGGAGGGUCCAAUGGCCGAGAAUGGGGAGAUAAUUAUUCCGGAUAUAUCUGCAGAGACGUUUCGACUGUUUCUAAGGUACCUCUACACCGACAAACUCGACCUAACAGUCAGUACUGUUGUACCUGUGUGUUAUGCGGCCAGCAAGUACUGUGUCGACAUACUUGUCUCUCUUUGUGAGACAUUUCUGUCGGAGCUUUUAACGGUGGACUGCGUUUGUGCGCUUCUAGAACAAACCCACAACUUUAAGAUGGAGAAUCUUAAAACAAAAUGUUUACGGUUCAUUCAGGAACACGCUUUUGCUAUUCUGAAAUCUGAAAGUUUUGCUGACCUCAGUCUGGAGUGUGUGAUAAGCAUCAUUCAGUCUGAUGAUCUCGGUAUCAGUGAAAGAAUAGUGUAUGAGGCCGUCAUCAGAUGGGCGGAAUCAGAAUGUUCUCGUCGGAAAAUUGAGGCAACUGCAGAAAACAAGAGACAUGUUCUUGGAGAAGCUCUGUACUCUGUUCGCUUUAUUCAUAUUGAUGAAGACUUCCUCUUUGACAGAGUACGUGCCGACAAGGUACUUGUCUCAGAGGACUUGAGUGAUAUUAAAAAUCACAAGAAAAACAAAACAGCAUUAAAAUCGGAAAAAUUGAAUACGAAGAGAAGGUCAUACAUCCCACGAAAAUGUCAUAGGAACGGGGUUGUCAAAAAUGAACUGUGGAAAAACCCACCGGAUGAUGAGGCCAUAUCCUUCAAGUCUUCAAACGAUUUAUAUCUGUGUGGAUCUGGAUCAUUUCUUACCGACGUCGGGCGAAGCAGUGUCGAUUUGGAAGUAUUUGAGGACGACGUCAGUCUUAUCCAAGGAACCAAACCAAGAGAACAGCCAGAGCCCGAUACACCAUACAUGGCAGACGUUCUCUUUGACACUCCAAUCAAAAUACAUGCCGGGAAAACGUAUACUGUUCUUGAACAUUCGAAAAACAAAGUGACUCAUUACCUCGCAGGAGGGAAUGUUCACGUGACUUAUCAAGACGUCACAAUUGAAUUCACCGAUAGUUCUAAAAGUAGGAAAACAAACAAAAACUGGGGUCAGAUACCGUAUCUAAUUCUCUCGAUGUGACUGAUUUUGUCUAAUCUAACUGUGAUUCUGUUUUUGGAAACAUUCAUUUUACCAUAUUGAUUAACAUUAAUGACCUUAUCUGUGAUAUAACAUAUCGAAGCAUAUGUUUCUAUUAUAAUGAUUUAUAUCAAUUAGCUGUGAUCAUGGGUUUAGAAGGUAUUAGUUUACAUACAUCAAUUGAUCUGUGAUUUAUGUAUGAUCGUUUUAUCAAAUCAAUUUAUAUUAGUUACUAGGGAUUGUGAGUUUGGAGGGGGAAACUUUUAACAUUUACAUAUUUAUCUUGGAAUAUGCAUAUGAUUUGUCUGUUUAUCUAUUUACUCGUUUAUUUAUCUAUUUUUUAUAUCAAUUACGUUAACUGUGAUUGUGAUCUUGGAAUCAUUCGUUUUAUUGUAUUGAUUAUCGUUGAUAUUAC